CAGCCAGCUGGUACCUGUUGUAACCACUUGGCCCUGUGCCCACCAGGGGCCAGGGCCGCAGGGGCUGAGCAAGGCAGUCAGGUGGGCUACCCUCAUGUCUUUGUCUCCAGCCAAAUGGGGAUGUGACUGGACAGCAGACCAGGGUGGGGCGGGGCUGGUUCUUCAGGGAAAGGCGCCCUUGGACCUGACCCCUCUCCUAGGUCAGGCCUGCGAGUCUGCUGCACUUGUCCUGGCAGGGUGCUCUGUGCUGACCCUGGCGGGAGGUGGGCAGCGGAUCCCCAUGGCUGGCCACAGCACCAUAGGUGUCAGUCCUUCCAGCAAGGCCCCCAUCAGAGCUGAGCAGCUGACGCGAGAGGGACGCGGCGGGCGCAUCUCGUGGGGAAGAGCGAGCACUUCGCGUUCUGCCUCGGGGCGCUGGAAGGGAGGGGGUCCCUGGGGAGGGGCCGUGAGGGUCUCCUGCCUCCAAGGUGCUUAACCUGUGUCGCAGGGCACCUGGAGUCUCUGCAGGGGACGUGCGACACAGUAGAGAGAAGGGAUGUCAGGGCUCCCUACGGAGCAAAGAGGUCCAAGGGUGCGAGGUCAGGAGAUGGGGCGCCCAGGCGCCUCGCUGCAGAAAAGCUGGCGGGCCAGAGCCAGGAGGUGCAGGGCGCGGGCUUGACCUGCAGGGGGCGCCGGACCUCGGCCUCGGGGCUGCAGGAACCCCCGCCCCUCCCCGGCCCUGCCCCCUGCAGUGCGCGCGGGAGUCGCGAGGGGGCGCCCGCGGCCUCGCACGAGGCGAGGGAUCGAAGCGCGUUAUAAAGCGCGGACCAGAGACCCGCGACGCCGCGCUCGGAGCCGCCGGAGCCGCCGCCCGCAUGGCCUCGACUCGCCGCCCCGCCGGAGCGCGCCUGCUGCUAGUCUGUGCCGGCCUGCUGGCCGCCGCUGCCGUCCUCGGCGCCCCGGAGUCCGGCGCGCCCGCAGGGAACCGCGCGCGCCCGGAGCCGCCCGGGACCGAGCUGCCCGCGGGCCGGGCCGAGAGCCCGCCGGAGCACACCAUGGAGCGAGCACGCAAUGUUGACCCCCGGGAUGCCUGGAUGCUGUUUGUCAGGCAGAGCGACAAGGGCGUCAAUGGCAGGAGGAGGAGCAGGGGCAAAGCCAGGCGGCUGAAGCUUGGUCUGCCAGGGCCCCCAGGGCCACCCGGUCCCCAAGGUCCCCCAGGCCCUCUCAUCCCACCCGAGUCACUGCUGAAGGAGUUCCAACUGCUGCUGAAAGGUGUGGUGCGGCAGCGCGAACGCGUAGACCCAGAGCUCUGCACGCGUGGUCCCGCCCGGCCAACCACGGUGAGCCCCACUCCGGCCUGGACUGCAGAGGAGGAGGACGCCGACGAGGACAUGGGGGCCGUGCUGGCGCUGCUGGCCGCGCCCCUGGGCCCGCGGGCGCCCCGCGUGGAGGCCGCCUUCCACUGCCGCCUGCGCCGGGACGCGCUGGUGGAGCGGCGCGCACUGCACGAGCUCGGCAUGUACCACCUGCCCGACGCCGAGGGCGCCUUCCGUCGCGGCCUGGGUCUGAACCUGACCAGCGGCCAGUACACAGCGCCUGUGGCCGGCUUCUAUGCCCUCGCCGCCACGCUGCACGUGGUGCUUGUAGGAGAGCCGAGGCGGGGGCCGCCGCGCCCCCGGGACCGCCUGCGCCUGCUCAUCUGCAUACAGUCCCGCUGCCAGCUCAACGUCUCCCUGGAGACUGUCAUGGGCCUGGAGGGCAGCAGUGAGCUCUUCACCAUCUCAGUAAAUGGUGUCCUGUAUCUGCAGAUGGGGCAGUACACCUCUGUCUUCUUGGACAAUGCCAGCGGCUCCUCCCUCAUGGUACGCAGUGGCUCCCACUUCAGUGCAGUGCUCCUUGGUGUGUGAGCAGCCAGCCACUACAGGCUCUUGCCCUCACCAGCCAGAGACGUCUACAAAAUCAGACUAACAGUGGCCACAUGAAGGAAGAAGCCCACAUGGAUCUGCCCACACUGGCCACUACAGGAGGUCCUGAGGAGGUGCUGCAUAAACCAGUAGUCCGAGAACUAGCAAUGGUAUCAGGAUGCCAUGAGCCCUGUUGUCCUGGAAACAUCCAACAGCAUGUCUGACAGCACUUGCUACAUCCCCAAUUGCAGACCUGGCUUCCCCAUGGCCCCACAGAACCUCAGUCUUUCCUCAGCCCAGCCCAACCUUUUCUAACUUUCUUAAGCACUCUCAUAGGUUGGCUAAGGGAGUUCUGACCAGGCCCCUACCUGGAAGAGGGUCAGCCUAUGCAGGGGCAAGGGGCCACCAAGGGGAAGCAAACUAUGUAUUCUUGCUGCUUAGAGGGAGCACAGGCCAACAGCAGACUUGUGACCACUCACCCUGUUCCUGCACACCUCUUCCCCCACCAUGCCUCUGCCUGCCAGUGGAACUCAAGGACCUGAGGGGUGCUGAACAGGGAUUUCCAGGGCAGUGUGACUUGACCUGGCUUCUAGCAGCUGUGCCUACUUAGGAGGCAAGACAAAGCGCAAGCCCCACUAGCGGAUGAAAUGCCUUAACCGGGGAGCUGCCCCACCCCUGCCCCUUCCACAGACAAGGCUUCCUCUUACCCUCUGCAGAGGCUGGCCGCUGCCAAAGUUCCUUCCCCAUUCCCUCUGAGGUUCUGGCUCACAGCUAGGCCCCAUGGACAAGUAAAAAAUGAAGAGCACCUCUGCAGACUGGAGACACAGCCU